AUGUACGCCAGAAAACACCAUCUCCUACUCCAGGCUGUUCAUAUAACUCCUCUCAACAAAAAAGUGUACCAAAAUAUCAAAAGACCCAAGAUUACAAAAAAAAAACCUAGAACUGAAACAUCAUCAAGUGAUAGUGAUAGCGAACCCAUUAAUGUAAGCCAGAAAACACCUCCUACUCCAGGCUGUUCAUAUAACUCCUCUCAACAAAAAAGUGUACCAAAAUAUCAAAAGACCCAAGAUUACAAAAAAAAGAAACCUAGAACUGAAACAUCAUCAAGUGAUAGUGAUAGCGAACCCAUUAAUGUAAGCCAGAAAACACCUCCUACUCCAGGCUGUUCAUAUAACUCCUCUCAACAAAAAAGUGUACCAAAAUAUCAAAAGACCCAAGAUUACAAAAAAAAGAAACCUAGAACUGAAACAUCAUCAAGUGAUAGUGAUAGCGGACCCAUUAAUCUGCGCCAGAAAACUCCACCACCUACUGCAAGCUAUUCAAAAAGCUCUUCCCAACAAAACUGUUUGCCACAAUACCAAAAGACGCAAAUUCACAUGAAAAAGAAGUCUAAAACACAAACUUCAUCAAGUGAGAGUUCUGGCAGUUAUACUUCGGAAUCAGAAGACAGCGGCGAAGAAGUUGAACUGGCAAUAAAUCCGUUUCAUAAAAAAAAGGAAACUUUCCUUAUGAAUUCUGAAAAAAAUGAUUUGGUGGUUCACAACAAAGAGAAUAACAAUCUUCGAGAAGAAAAAAGUAAUAUUGAAGAAAUAAAAACUUGCCAGGGCAAAACUUUGGACACAUCGUUUACGGAUAUGCUUGAGACUCCGGCAAAAAUUGAGAAAAAAAAAUACACAAAAUAG